GACACUCUGACGCCUUGAAUCUCGCGUGGCUCGAGGGUUUGUAUCUUAGUAAGCUCUCCGGGGUAUUCAGACCCAGGUGGCCCGCCAGCCACGCCCGUUUUAGGACCAUUUUUUACAAAUCUGUGUAGCGAACCCAUCCUGCCCCUUGGCCAACCCCAGGAACCUCCAGGGCUUCAGGGCUUGUCGGGUGACUCCGCCUCUCGUCUUGAAUUGGCCCCUCGCUCGUCCCGUCCCGGCAGAGGAAUCUCCCUUCCUGGUUGGUCGGCAGUGACUCCGUGGCGAGAUCUGGACCAAUGGGCGCUGUAGUUCGCAGCACGUGACCAGGAGGUUGGUCCGCAGCUGGCGCCGUUGGCUUUGGACGCCUAACUCUCGCGCUGAGACUUCCGGCGGGGGAGCUGAGCGCCGAGUUCUGCGUGAGUUCGCGACGCGGCGAGAAGCGCGGCGCCCAGGUCCUUCCCCAGGGAGGGCUGGGCCGAGGGCUGGCGCGGCGGCUCCUGGGUCCGACUGAGAGGCGAAGACGCCGGAGGUGGCUGCGGCCCGGCUAGAGCUGGCUCUUCGGCCGGGACCUGAAGCCGGCCAUCCCUGUGCGAGGCUGGGGGCCCCUCUCCAGGCGGGCACAGCUGGUUUCCCGGGUAGGACACUCCGAGGGCCUGACGAUGGCGUCGGGCCCGGGCUCCCAGGAUCGGGAAGGGCUCCUGAUAGUGAAACUGGAGGAGGACUGCGCCUGGAGCCAGGAGCUGCUCCCGCCAGACCCAGGGCCCAGCCCGGAGGCCUCCCACCUGCUCUUCAGACGGUUCCGCUUCCAAGAGGCCGCUGGGCCCCGGGAAGCCCUCAGCCGGCUCCAGGAACUUUGCCAUGGAUGGCUGCGGCCUGAGAUGCGCACCAAGGAGCAGAUCCUGGAGCUGCUGGUGCUGGAGCAGUUUCUAAUCAUCCUGCCCCAGGAGAUCCAGAGCAGGGUGCAGGAGCUGCAUCCGGAGAGCGGCGAGGAAGCAGUGACCCUGGUAGAAGAUAUGCAGAGAGAGCUUGGGAAACUGAGGCAACAGGUCACAAACCAUGGGCGGGGAACAGAAGUGCUUUUGGAGGAGCCUUUGUCUCUGGAAACAGCACGGAAGUCACCGAGCUUCAAGCUGGAGCCAAUGGAGACUGAGCGAAGCCCUGGUCCCAGGCUGCAGGAGCUGCUAGGCCCCAGCCCUAAAAGGGACCCCCAGGCUGUAAAGGAGAGGGCAUUAUCUGCUCCCUGGCUUUCUCUCUUUCCUCCCGAAGGAAACAUGGAAGACAAGAUGACUGGGCCCCAGUUGCCUGAGAGCUUAGAGGACGUGGCUAUGUACAUCUCCCAGGAGGAGUGGGGGCAUCAGGAUCCUAGUAAGAGGGCCCUCUCCAGGGACACGGUGCAGGAGAGUUAUGAGAAUGUGGACUCACUGGAGUCUCAGGUUCCCAAUCAGGAGGCUCUGAGCAUCCAGGUGGAACAAGGAAGAAAACCAUGGGAUCCCAGUGUCCAGAUUUGCAAGGAGGGACUGAGCCCCAGAAACCCAGCUCCAGGAGAAGAGAAAUUUGAGAGCCAGGAAGAAAGUGCUCAGUCUGUUUCUCCUGAGAACAUCCAUCUGCAGGUGCUUCUGACUGGCCAGGCCAGAGGGGAGGUGCCCUGGAGUCCUGAGCAGGGACGGCCUGAGGACAGGGCAGAAGGGCAUUGGGAGCCUCUCCCAGAGGAUCGGAUGGAGCAGUCCAUAGUGGGGGCCACAAGUUGCAGAGAAGCAGGCCAGCCAAAGGAACUGCAGCCGAAGAAGCUCCAUUUAUGUCCCUUGUGUGGCAAAAAUUUCUCUAAUAACUCAAAUCUAAUUAGGCACCAGAGAAUACAUGCAGCAGAAAGACUGUGUAUGGGUGUAGAGUGUGGUGAAAUCUUUGGUGGGAGCCCACACUUUUUAUCACUACACAGAGCACACUUUGGAGAGGAGGCCCAUAAGUGCCUUGAAUGUGGAAAAAGCUUCAGUCAGAAUACCCACCUGACUCGCCAUCAACGCACCCACACAGGCGAGAAGCCCUAUCAAUGUAAUGUAUGUGGAAAAAGCUUCUCUUGCAACUCCAAUCUCCACAGACACCAGAGAACACACACCGGUGAAAAGCCCUACAAGUGCCCUGAGUGUGGCGAGAUUUUUGCUCACAGUUCCAAUCUCCUUAGGCACCAGAGAAUUCACACAGGAGAGAGACCCUAUAAGUGUGCUGAGUGUGGAAAAAGUUUCUCUCGAAGUUCCCACCUUGUCAUUCAUGAAAGAACUCAUGAGAAAGAGAGGCUUUACCCCUUCUCCGAGUGUGGGGAAGCAAUGAGUGACAGCAGCCCCUUUCUUACAAAUCAUGGAACCCACAAAACAGAGAAGAAACUCUUUGAAUGUUUGACCUGUGGGAAAAGCUUCCGGCAGGGCAUGCACCUCACCAGACAUCAGAGAACGCACACAGGAGAGAAACCAUAUAAAUGUACCCUUUGUGGGGAAAACUUUUCUCAUAGAUCCAACUUAAUCAGGCACCAGAGAAUUCACACGGGAGAGAAACCCUAUACCUGUCAUGAGUGUGGAGACAGUUUUUCUCACAGCUCCAAUCGGAUUCGUCAUCUGAGAACCCAUACAGGAGAGAGACCCUAUAAAUGUUCUGAAUGUGGAGAAAGCUUUUCUCGGAGUUCACGCCUUAUGAGUCAUCAGAGAACUCACACCAGAUAGAAACAAUGGUGUUUCAUUACACCACAGAUAAAGUGGCAUAAUCAGAGGGUUCUGCUGUUGAGAGCUGGUAUUUCUUGCCCUGUUGACCAAAAUCAUCUGUGUUCUUUUAUUUUAAAAAUAUUUUUAUUGAUUUAGAGAGGAAGGAAGAGGAGAUAGAAAGAAACAUCAGUGAUUAGAGGAGAAUGACUGAUUGGCUGCCUUCUGCACGCGCCCACCUACCAGGAAUGGAGCCCACAACUCAGCAUGUGCACUGACCAGGAAUCUAACUGUAACCUCUGGUCCAUAGAUUAGCGCUCAACCAUUGAGCCAUACGGUCUGGGUGAAAUCAUAUGUUUUUGAGGUAAUUACUAUAAAGAGUAACAAGGAUGGGUGUGGGGGGCGGCGGGGCUGGAGGCCAUUGCAAGGAAGCAGCAGGGGCAGCAAAGGAUUAGCAUCAAACUAAAAUGGAAUUCUGUCUGAACUAGUGAGGAUGAUAAGUCUUUGAGGUCACCUGAUCAGGGCAGAAUUCUCUAUGAAGUCCACCUUGUCUCAUGGUGCCUACCCCGCUUGGUAUAUUUGGCCAUGUUGUAAUUUGGAUGCCUUACUUAGUCUUGUCUUUCCCAGCAACUUUGGGAAUCUAUAUGACUUUUGUUACUGCUUCCUCACUUGGGACAUUCAGCAGGAGUAUUUGAACUCCUGAGGCCCUGAGACCAAAGAAGAGGGGCUGAAUCUCCUGGGAAACCAGCUUGAGGGCAAAGAAAGACUGGUGGUUAGUUGUAGCUCUCCAAAAGGCCUUGACAGGGAAGCCACAGCACACCUCAAUGGCCUCAGAGGAGUGCCCAUUGGCAGGCCAUGAACAUCAAUGUCACCUUAGACAAAAAGGACCCAGAGACCUAAGGGAAAUAGUAAGAAGGAAUUUGCAGGUCGGCCUAGGAAUUGGCAGAGGGAACUGGAAUCUGAAUUAGUCUAACCUGUACAGAGAUCAAGACUUCCCCCACCUCUGUCAGAGAAGGAUAAACAGAACUCUGGAGUCUUCAGAGGGUUAUGUAAGAAGGGUUCCCUAGGAGACUUUGAAAACACAGAUCUUAAGAAAUUAGGGAUCAUGCCUUUCCCUAUUGGAAAUAUGUUUGGAUGGUAAUAAAUACCUUCAAGAAA